AUUUGUUCCAGAAACUGCUGCCGCCCGCCCAGAAUCAUUGUAGACUUGCUAAGCAAGCCAAGGCUUGUCACUAAUCAGUAAUUUCCGGUACCCAACGACGGCGUCUCUUUGUCGCUGCUCCGCCCACUGCCUUUAACCUCCCAAAAACCUCCGGAUUUCCAUGAGCCCGUCCGACGUCGUCGGAGACCGUUGCUCGCUUUCAACUCCCCCGUUUCAAACCUCUAAACCAAUUAAUCUUCCUAAAAAUUUUUCAUAGGUUUGAGUUCAAAUAGUUUAAAAUGGGCAGAUGGAAGCCGCUUGGUUCGUCAGCACAUUCAAUUUUGAAGAAUUUUUGGUUUCGGAGUUCAAAUUUUCUAGAAUGUUCAGCUGGAAAGAGGCCAUUGCAAGUGGCAUUUCCGGCCUUGGAUCACCGCCGAUAUUUGUGCAGUUGCAGGAUUUUAUUGUACCCUGCUGAUUUUGUUCCUAAAGGGCUAUUAUUGUCCAAGCGCUUCAUUCAUGCCACAGGACCUUCCAAUUCCACGGAAAGAGAUUACUAUGAAAUUCUUGGGGUCUCUAGAAAUGCCACCAAAGAGGAGAUUAAGAAGGCUUUUCAUGCUCUUGCGAAGAAGUACCAUCCAGAUGCGAAUAAGAAAAAUCCUUCUGCAAAGAGGAAAUUUCAAGAGAUAAGAGAUGCUUAUGAGAUUUUACAAGAUCCAGAAAAGAGAGCCCAAUAUGACAGGAUCAGUGAAUAUGGCAGGACUGGAGAAGAUGUGAACUAUUCUUCUGGGGAUGCGGAUGGGUUUAGAUUUACCUAUGGAACUCAAUUUUCUGAUUCAUUUUAUGAUGUUUUUGCUGAGAUAUUCAAAGAUCAAGCAAAAUUUCAUACCAAGGAUAUCCAGGUGGAGCUUUCACUCUCUUUUUCUGAAGCUGCUAAAGGAUGCACCAAGCAUUUAUCUUUUGAUGCGGAUGUCCCCUGUGAUGCUUGCAAUGGGCAUGGCUAUCCACCAAAUGCAAAGCGAAAAAUUUGCCAUAAUUGUCAAGGCAGUGGGAUGCAAACAUUUCUUCGCUUCACUGAAACGUGCAGUAUGUGUAAAGGAUCUGGUGUAAUAUUUAAGGAAUUUUGCAGGGCAUGCCAAGGAUCAGGUGCAGUUGAAGGAGUGAAGCAUGUUAAAGUGUCAAUUCCGGCAGGUGUGGACACUGGGGAUACAAUUCAUGUUGAAAAUGCUGGCAAUGCUGGCAGACAUGGACUCGAACCAGGCAGCCUGUUCAUAAAGCUUAAGGUCACUGAAGAUCCUCUUUUUGCCAGAGAUGGGGCUGAUAUAUAUGUAGAUAGUAAUAUAAGCUUUACACAAGCUAUCCUUGGUGGAAAUGUGGAAGUGCCAACUCUGUCUGGGAAGACGAAAGUGCAAAUUCCCAAGGGUGUUCAACCUGGGCAGCUUCUGAGACUAAGAGGCAAAGGGUUGCCAAAGAGUGGCUUUUUUGUAGAUCAUGGGGAUCAGUACGUACGGUUUCGCGUAAACUUUCCAGUAGUCUUAAAUGAACGACAACGUGCAAUACUAGAAGAAUUUGCCAAUGAGGAAAUUUCCAGUGAGCAUAACACGUCUGGUGAAGGAAGUUGGUGGCAGCAAAUGCUCGGUCAUGUUUUGGCCCCCAAAUAUGUGCUUGAGUUCUCCGCGUUGGUGUUAAUCCUUCUGUUGGUGAAGAAGAUUUUGGGAUGAGAGUCAUCACAAAGUGAAGAUUGGAGUUAUGAACGGAUGGAUACUUAGAUGAAGAGCUAUCAUUUUGUGAAAAAAAUCGAAGUCUUGACUUUUGUAUUCUUUCUUGACAAUGGAAUGCUAUGACAUCCGUCGCAAUUUUGGUGCUGAUGAUCUUAAAAAAAAAAAAAAA